UGCUGGAGCAAAUUAUCUUCUACAACGAGUCACGACCUAGCAAGAGAAAUGAGUAGGCCUUCUCUAAGACUGCAGCUUACUAAGCUUGUUUUUUACCAUAUUCUACUUUGGCAACUUGGACGCUGGCCUCAAUCCAAAUUCUACUGUAUGGCUCCACUGCCACCAGAUGAAGUGUCUGUUCUUCAAGCCAUUACGAGGGACCUAGAAUUCAAGCAACAACCAAUCAUUACAAACAACUUAUGCGAUGGAACAUUUUAUGCUUUUACAAUCAGUUGCAAUUGCAAUGACGAGAAUCAAUGCCGCAUCUCUAAAAUUGAAAUAAACAACCUUGGUUUAACUGGAACUAUUCAUGAAACUGUGGGUUAUCUUAGCAAUCUAACGUCCCUCUCUCUAGCCAACAACAAACUUCAUGGCAGCAUACCUGAUACGUUGGGGAAUUUGAUGGAUCUCGAAUACCUGGAUUUAUCGUUCAAUCAACUCAGUGGUCUAAUACCAGCAAGCUUAGGGAACUUGGUUUCUCUUCAAAAACUAUAUCUGCAGUACAACUUGCUUAGCGGAGGUAUACCACGAAAUUUUGGUUCAUUGACAAAUCUGAUUCAAAUGGAUAUGCAGUUUAAUAUGCUAUCAGGCUCAAUUCCUGAGGAUUUUGGAUAUCUUUCGAGUCUUUCAUAUAUGGAUCUGUCUGAGAAUCAGCUCUCUGGUCCUCUUCCAGAAAGCCUCGGAAACUUGACAUCACUCACAUUAUUCGCUGUGCGUGGCAAUUAUUUGAGUGAGAAAUUUCCAAAAAGUUAUGGCCAGCUCACAAGCCUGGAAGACUUUUCAAUAGUCGGGAAUUACAUUUCUGGUCCCUUUCCAGUUGAAGCCAUAGCCAACUGGACUAAUAUCUAUCACCUACAAUUUUUUUACACGGCAUGCAGGUCGCUCAUGGGAAACUAUUUCGAAGGACCGGUGAGGGAAGAAAUAUUCAGUUUGCCAAACCUUCAGUCUCUGAGGAUAAGCGAUGUGGCACCAAAUCCUAGCUUCAAAUUACCACAAAAGAUCGCCAACAGUGCUAAUUUCAUUUCUCUAAGACUGAGGAACUGCUCAAUCACCGGCACAAUCCCCAAAUACAUUAGUGAAGAAAUGACAUCUCUAAGCUACCUAGACUUGAGCUUCAAUAAUUUAACCGGUGGCCUCCCUCAUUAUAUGAAAUCAGAUAUGAUUUACAUGUCUUUUUCUGGAAAUAUGCUUAACGGGACAAUCCCACGUUGGAUAUUUCGGGCCUUCCAAACUAGGAUGGAUCUUUCGUUUAACAAUUUUUCAGCAGUAGACUCUGCAGUACCAAGCAACCUACAACUGAACUUGUUUGCCUGCUGCCGCAACUCCCCAACCUCUUUACCAUAUAUGAUGGAUCCGUUUGAAAUGAAGAACACAUACUGUCCUCGAAACAAACCAAAGUACCAUUCCUUGUUUAUUAAUUGUGGUGGUGAAGAGACAACUGUUGGUGGGAAUAUAUAUGAUCAAGAUAAUGACACAUCCCUCUUUUACACAAGUCCAAAGAAAAACUGGGCUUACAGCCUUUCCGGAGACUAUGGUGUAAAAAAGGAUAAUGCUAGUGAUUACAUCAAGAGCACAACACGUGGAGUUUCCAUUACUGAGGCACCAUUGUAUGAAAAAGCUCGUCUGUCCCCACUAUCUCUCAAAUAUUAUGCUUUUUGUCUACGUAAAGGUAGAUAUAAUGUUACGCUUCAUUUUCAUGAAAUUAUAUACAUCGAUGAUGUAGACUAUACUAGUCUAAGAAGACGCUCAUUUGAUGUAUAUAUUCAGAGAAACAGGACAUUAAAUGAUUUCGACAUUAGAGACAAGGAGGGAAGUGCAGAAAAACCAAUAACUGUAAGUCAUUCAGCUGAGGUUGUACAUGAUAGUGGCCUGUUAGAGAUCCACUUGUACUGGUCUGGAAAGGGGACAGAGAGUGACCCACCUACUUUUAAUGGCCCUUUAAUAUCAGCUAUUUCUGUGAAUCCUGAGUUCGAAAUUAGUCCCGAUAAAUAUAUACGUCUUGCAUUGAUUACGAUUGCAUCCGUCAUUGCUGCUCUGCUGCUCUUAUUGGCUUUUGCUUGGAGGAUGGGCUGGCUGUCAAUCAAAAAGGAGCCCAAAAUCAAAAUAGGUCGUGAAGAAAUAGAUGGCAAUCUUCAAGACAAAUUUGUCACCGUCAAAGAAUUAAUAAAUGCUACUGAAAAUUUCAGUGAAAGAAAAAAAAUCAGCGGUUCUAGGACAGUUUUUAAGGCAGAACUGCCAGGUCACACAGUGGCGGUGAAGAGACUAGAUUCCCGUCAUUUUAAGGAAAAAAUCGAUGAAUUGAAAAAGGAAAUUCACAUCAUCGAGUCAUUGCAACACAACAAUAUCCUUCAACUGUUGGAUGUUCAUAUUGAAAAAGACCUCCAAUUUCUUGUCUACGAAUAUAUGGAAAAGCAAUCCCUUGCCGACAUCUUAUUUGUCCCCAACGGAGUGAAGCUUGAUUGGGAAACAAGGUUUAACAUUUGCUUGGGAAUAGCACAGGGUUUGAAAUAUCUACAUGACCUUGACAGAGUAAAGAUUGUUCAUACGAAUAUAAAAUCCACUAAUAUUCUUCUUAAUAAGAAUUUUGAGGCUAAGAUAUCAGACUUCGGAUUUGCAAAGCUUUAUACCGAAGAAGAAAAAGUUAGGGUCAUCGCAAGAGAAACAAAGAAAGGUUACACGGCCCCAGAGUAUUUGCAAAGGGAAGAUUUACCAGACACAGUAGAUGUUUUCAGCUUUGGGGUGGUCGUACUUGAAAUUGUCAGUGGGGAGAGAAACGUAGCUAGCUCAUCAAAGAAGGAACUUGAAUUUCUUGUAAAUAGGGCUUAUAAAGCAAAUAAAGUCGGAGAUUUGGAGAGCUUGGUUGAUAAGAGUUUGCGAAAGUAUGAUCAAAGAAAAGCCGCCAUCAUCUUGAAAUUAGCACUGGAGUGCACCGCCCUAGGUACUAGUGUCAGACCUACAAUGUCUCAAGUUGUGGGUGUUCUUGUUGGCGAAAUAAGCAUUGACGAGGUUUGUCCACUUGCCAAGCCCACUGGCGACGUCAAUGUUGCUAGUUCCACCACUUCGGGGAAGUCGACUUCAGUAGCAUCAACUUCGUCUUAUUCAACCUAAGGCGUACAUGAUCAUCGGAAAAGUAUUUCUAGAUUAAUCAAAAGUUUUAUGUGAAUAGCAUUAGACGUUCUUGAAUUGCUACUGUUACUGGUGUGCUUUAAUCUUUUUCGCGGUUUCUGUACUUCGCAUCCUUUUGAACUUUGUGAACCCUUUCUUCCAGCAGAAUGUCAUAUCAAAACUUGGAAAUUUGUUA